CCAUUGGGUUUCACUGGGUGAACAGCGUCACAUGCGAUGUUAUUCUACCCAGAUUUUGUUGAUCAUUAACCUCAUUCCUGACUGUCAUAUAAUUUCGUAACUAGAGCAUUAUUAUAGAGAUUAUUAUUUACAGCGGCGUAUGGGGAGAAAUAGCUGUUAAAUCUGCCAUUGGUUUCCGGAAAAAUCAGCAGUUGAACCAUUUUGCAUAGUAUGUUUACAGUGGGCAAGAUGUCCCUUAUCGCAAUGGCUCUUCCGGUGAUCACCGUCCUUCUCUCCGCCUGGCAGGUGGGUGCCAUUGAUGACUGCUUGUGGUACGUGGAUAAGAAUGGCACUUGGCACAACGGGGUCCCCUGUCCCCUCAUGACCUUCUGUUGUGGGAACUGCCACAAGCGCUACUGUUGCUUGGACGGCCUCAAGAGGAUCACUGAGAGGGAGCAGAAGCGCUGCAUGCUCUUCCAGUUCAGCCCUACCACCAUUGCCAGCAUGGCUUCGUCCAUCCUGCUCUUCGUGGCUAUCAUUGCUACCAUGGUGAGCUGCUUCAUGUGCUCCUGCUGUUACCUCUACCAGCAGCGACAGCAGCGUGGCAGGACGCACUAUGAUGCCCAGCACAUCCCUAUGGCCACCUACCCCGUGGAGCCCAUGUAUGACGCUUACGGCAAGCCGCUGGUGAUGGGACAUCCUGAUUAUCCACACUCUGGUUACCCAAUAGCACCUCAGUAUCCUGGCAUGCCACAGCCGUACCCCAUGAUGCACCCUGGCCCGUAUCCCCCGUACCCCAUGGCAGACUCUGUCUACCCUCAGGGAGGUAAGAGGACAACCACACUUUGUUAUUAA